AUCCAAUGUUUUUGUCAUCCACCAUCUUGAGUUGUUGGCAGACGGAAAUUGUAGUCACUUGUCAAAAAUAAUUUAUUUGUAACUUCUAUACUGCUUUAUAGGAUGCCAAUUAAAGGAGUUGAUAAACUAUGAGUGAAAUCAUUGGUGAUGGAGAAAACGACGAAUUAGCCGAAAACCCUCAACCCGAAGCCGAUGCAGAUAUCAGUACUGAAAAUGUAGAAUCAUCGUCACGGGAUACUGAUAGGGCAGAAGGAGAUGUGUUGAAUGUUGAAGCUAAUGAAGACCUUGUAGAAAGUGAAAGUAACGUUGUCCCUCAGAACAACAACCAGGAAGAAGGAGAUGAGGUGAACAUCUGUGUAGAAGCUGGUGGUAAUGUUGGCCCUCAUAAUGCAGAAGGAGAAAGUUUGAAUGGAGAGGCUAAUGCUGAACCAGAAUCGCAUCCUGGUAAUUUAGAAACUGAAAGUAAUCAUUUUGCGAAUGGCAGAGGUGCUGAAAUUACUGACAGAGCAGAAGGAGAUGUUUUAAAUGUCGGGGCUAAUGCUGAACCUCACACUGCUCAUGUAGAAUCUGAAAGUGAGUAUGAUGUGUCUCACAGUAACCGUCAAAAUGACAAUGUGACUCAUGGUGAUUUCAGUGUAGGAGCUGAAAUACCUGAUGAUGAUGAUGCUGUUUACUGCUCUCAGACUGGUGAUGAAAGUGAAUCAGCAGAGAGUGAAAUGGGAUCAGUUUCUGAUGUAGUGAACAAUAUUGUACCAUUACCAAGUGGCUCUGUUGAUAAUGUUACACAAGAGAAUGUACCUUCUACUUUGAACCAAGUUUCAGCAGCAGCAGCAGCAGCACCUGUUAAAACAUCAAGUGAUCAGGCACCAGAAUGUGAUCAACCCUUUGAGGCAGGUGCCCCUUGCCCUCAGGAGGUUUUAGUGAGGAAUGCCACCCCAGAACUUAAUAAUUCAGACACUGGUUGCAGCAUUUCGUUACAAAUGUGUGAUAGCCAGAAUACCGGUACACAGAGUGAUUCAGGAAAUUGUCAAUCAGAAUCAGAACAUUCAGUUUCUCAGAAUGCUGAAAGCACGGCUUCUGCAACACAAAAUAAUUUGAAUUGCAGGAAGGAUGAUGAACAUGAAGGAAUGCCUCUGGAUGACUCAGAGUCUUCAAAUGAUAGUAGUGGAUUUUCUGAAUGUGAUAUAAACAAUGCAAAUAAAUCUACAGUUUCAAGUGCUAAUAAUAUUUCAAAUGGUGAUAAUCAUAAUCAUGAAAACCUCUGUUCUGAAUCAAGCAGCCAGUCAACAAGUGCAUCCUCUAAACCUGAAUCUCCGGAAAAAUCGCAAAAUUGUGUAACUGGUGAUACAAGUAAGAACAGUAUGGAGAUUCAGUCAACUCCAGUUAAUCAGGAAAGAAGUCAAAUUGGGACGAGACACGGGGCCAAAAAAUUUCCAAUUUCCCGGAAAUCUCCACCAGGAAUUGACUUUCUGCAUUUGUCCGAUAGCUCAGAGGAUGAACUUUUAAAUGAAUUAGAUGCAGCUUUGUUAUGUCAGUCACAUUCCCCACGUAAUUCUAACGACAGACAGUUCAAUAAUUCAACAACACAGAGACAAAAUGAUAGCACAAAUUCAUCUGUGUCUGCGAUGACAACUUCAUCUAAUGAAUUCAGACAGAGACAAAAUGGUAGCACAAAUUCAUCUGUGUCUGCGAUGACAACUUCGUCUAAUGAAUUCAGACAGAGACAAAAUGGUAGCACAAAUUCAUCUGUGUCUGCAAUGACAACAUCAUCUAAUGGAUUAAGACAGUUUCCAAUAAAGGAAUCGGUGAUCGUCCAAAAAGUUGAACAAAAUAUAGAGGCUCUUAGUAAGCAGCUACAUACUAAAGAAGAAGAUGUCAAAUCUAUCACAGUAUAUUGUGAAACCUUGAAAGAAAAAUUAAAAACUCUAGAAGAAGAUAAAAAAGAAUUACAAUUUGAAAUAAAGAGAUUAAAAGAAGACGACAGAGAUAAUUUAUAUUUACCACAAAUUAAAGAGUUAGACAACACAAUAGCAGCUCAACAAAAGGAAAUCCAGCAUACCAAAGAAACCUUAAUUUCUCACGAUGCACUAGCCAAGCGUAAAAUAGCCUCUAUGCAAAAUGAUUACAAGCUUCGUAUAGACCAGGUGACGAAAAUGUACGAAGAUUGUUUACGAGAAAAAGAUACUAUGGUUGUGAAUUACGCUGUUGCCGAACAAAAAAAUAUUGAAGCCAAGAAGGCCACAGAGAAAAUGGAAAAUAAAUUCAAAGAAAAGAUAAAGGAACAGGAAUCAUUAAUAGCUAAAUUAAAAGCCAUGAGAGGUGAAAAACAAAAAAUAGCAGCUGAGGUUGAUGCUAAGUUAAAUGAAUUAUCAGGAGCACAUAAAGAAAUGGAAAGAAUGAAAGAAAUGUUAACUUCUGCUGAUGUUAGAAUUAAGUGGGCACAGAAUAAACUGAAAGCAGAAUUGGAAGCUCAUAAGGAAACUAAAAUAGAACUAGAAAAAACAACCCAGAAGUUAAAGAUGGCUAAAGAAGAAACAUGGCAAAUACGUAAAGAUUGUCAAGCUAUAGUUAAACAGUAUCAGGAAUCAGAAGAAAUCAAAUCUAAUAGUCUAGAUAAAGAAUUAAAAUUGAAAGAAUCUGAAUUAAUUGUUCAAAGACAGGAAAAAAGUGAUUCACAAGAGGUGUAUAAUAUGACAGUAAAAGAAUUAGAUGUUUUAAAGUCUAAACAUAAAGAUGCUAUAGAAGAACUUAAAACACUACGAGAUAAGGUUUAUUGUUUAGAAGAUGAAAGAAAACAGAAUGAAGAAACAAUGUCUAAAUAUAAAGAAAUAAUACAGAAACAGAAAGGUGAAAAUAAAACAUGUCAUGAUAAACUUGGUAAUCUUGGUCAAUUAGAGGAUGAUUUCACCAGAGCUCAAGAUAUGAUAAAGAAUUUAGAUCGUGAGAUAGCAGAUUUACGAAUAACGAACAAAGAUCUUCAGUUAGAUAUUGAAGGCUGUCGAACAAGAGAGAGUGAACUAUUAGAAUUAACACAGAAACUAAGUCGUACUAACGCUAAAUUACAGUCAGAAAAUACUAAUUCAAAUAAUCAGGUUGUAUCAUUAUCUAGUAAAGCCAGCAAUAUGGAGAUGGAAAUACAAAGUCUAGAAGAAAAAUGUAGAGAUUUAGCUGAGAGGUUGAGUGAAGAGGAGAAAAAAUAUGGAACAGAAUGUGUCAGUUUAAAAACAGAAUUAGCUGAAAAAAAUAAAACAGUAUCUGACUUAAAACAGAAAUUGGAAGAUGAAAAAGAUUUGAACCGAACAUUAAAACGUAAACAUGCUAAUAACAUCAAGGAUUUAACAAGACAGUUACAUCACGCUAAGAAAAAACUAGAAAGUUAUGAAAAUCAUCACCAUGGUGAGAAAGACGUAACUAGUCUUGGAUCUCGGACCAGCUCUAAUGGAUCUUUAAACACAAUGACAGAUGGUCACUCACAACACCCUGCUCAACAAAAUCAUCAUCAUCAUCAUCAUCAUCAAGUUCAACCUGUUAAACCCCCAGAACCUGAAUAUCCGGUGAUAACAGAACAAGUAGAAGUAGAUAAACAGGUUUUAAUAGAGAGAAUCGUACGACUACAGAAAGCUCAUGCUAGAAAAAAUGAAAAACUAGAAUUUUUACAAGAUCAUAUCCAACAAUUAGUGGAUGAGGUUCAGAGAAAGAAAAGAAUAAUCCAGAGUUAUAUACUGAGAGAAGAACAAGGAGCCUUGGCACCUGAAGCAAUGGAUGAAAAUAAGGCUUUGUUAGCGAAGAAAGGUGGAAUAAUGGCUUCGCUGUACAGUUCACAUCCACAAGAUGGUCACAUGACGUUAGAUUUGUCUUUAGAAAUAAACCAAAAGCUUCAAAGUGUUUUAGAAGAUACAUUGUUAAAAAAUAUUACCCUCAAGGAGAAUAUUGAUACACUAGGACAAGAAAUUGCCAGAUUAUCAAAAGAAAACCGACAACUGCAGCUGCAUUUACAAGGCCGUUAAAAUCGACUAUCAGAAGUGAUGAUUCUACAGAUAAAAUCUCUUUGUUUGUGUGAUAGUUUGUAUUCACUGUCUGUACACAGUGCUUGUGUAAAUGCAACAGGCUUUUAUAUUCUUGGCAGACAUUCUGUUUGUACACCAUAAACUCUAAGAGAAUGUUAAACUCAGUCAAAUGGUUGUUGUUUAAAUGCAACAGGCCUUUAUAUUCUUGGCAGACAUUGUUUGUACACCAUAAACUCUAAGAGAAUGUUAAACUCAGUCAAAUGGUUGUUGUUUAAAUGCAACAGGCCUUUAUAUUCUUGGCAGACAUUGUUUGUACACCAUAAACUCUAAGAGAAUGUUUAACUCAGUCAUAUGGUUGUUGUGUAAAUGCAACAGGCCUUUAUAUUCUUGGCAGACAUUGUUUGUACACCAUAAACUCUAAGAGAAUGUUUAACUCAGUCAUAUGGUUGUUGUGUAAAUGCAACAGGCCUUUAUAUUCUUGGCAGACAUUCUGUUUGUACACCAUAAACUCUUAAGAGAAUGUUAAACUCAGUCAUAUGGUUGUUGUAUAUAUACAGCAGGCUUUUAUAUUCUUAGCCUACAUUUUUUCUGUGUACACCAUAAACUCUUAUGAGAAUGUGUAAGCCUACGAUUACAGUCAGACGUUGUGAGAUUAUCCAAAAUGACCCGCUUUCAAGCACGGCUUGUGUAAUCCUUUAUUUAUUAUAUAAUAGGCCUAAACAAUUUAAUUUUUAGCUUUUUGAGGUCUUUGAUCUUAAUAAAUAAAUAGCCAGUUUGAAUGAUGUUUUCUUUGAAAUUUUGAAUUUCAAAAAUUUGAAACUCGAAACUUUUGAGAAGAGUGACCAAGUAUUUUUUUGUUUUUAAACUAUUUUUUUUCCCUAAGAAAUAGAAAACAAAAUUUAGUAGAGCUUCCUGGAGAACAGACAUUCAAAUUGGCAUGGUCUUGUCAGUUAUUUUGUAUAAUUGCCUGAGUACCUGUACUAUGUAACUAUAAACUGAAAGGGUAGUAACUAUUAACUCAAAGGGAAGUAACUUCAUUAUUAAUGGACAAUAAUAGGAAUCAGACCACUAAGUUUGCCUGUAUUAUUAAUGAAUGAUUGUUUGUAUAUUUUAGCCUGUAUGUGAUAUAUAUAUAUAAUUAUCAGGCUUAUAUUCUUGUACAGUAUGGUAUUACAAUAUUUAACAAUGGUUGUGAUGAUCCUAUCACUUGUGGUGAGAUAUUAGUGCAUGCAGAUUGUAAAAAACUCGAGAAAAUGUAGGCCAAUAUCUUAUAAAUUGGUUAUAUUGUUGAAGUCUAGAUAAUUGUAUGAAUUAUCAAAGCAAACAUUUAAACUAUGUAUGUAGUAUAUUGAGAUAUUUAAUAUUAUCAUAUCAUUUAAAUCAAAUAUAUGUAGAUUAUCAUAUCAAUAUUUAGUACUGUACAACAGGAGGGAAAAUAUCUUAUUGAAAGUUUGACUCUAUUGUCUAUGGCCUUCUGGAUCUGAGCAAGAACUUAGAACAGAGCUUAGAUAGUUGUUAUCUGCUCCUAGCCAUCUUGCUCUGAGUUAAAUAUCUGCAAUGAGCUUAACAAGUCUUAAGAGUCUAUUGUCUAUGACUUUCUGGAUCUGAGCAAGAACUUAAAAAAGACCAUAGCCAGUUGUUACCUGCUUCUAGCCAUUUUGCUCUGAGGAAAAUAUCUGCAUUGAGAGCUUAGAAAGUAUUAGAGUCUGUUUUCUGCUCCUGGCCUUCUAGAUCUGAGAAAGACCUCAGAACAGACUUCAGUGAGUUGUUACCUGCUCUUAGCCAUCAUGCUCUGAACAGAGCUUAUCGAGUAUUAAACUCUAUUAUCUGCUCGGUGCCUUCUGGAUCUGAGACAAUAUCUACAGCACCGACCUUAGCAAGUAAUCGACUCUGUUAUCUGCCUGGAGCCUUCUUGAUCUGAGAAAAAUAUCAACAGAACUUAGCGAGUUGUUACCUACUCCUAAACUUCUUCCUCUGAGAAAAAUAUCUACAGAGCUUAGCAAGUAAUCGACUCUGUUAUCUGCCUGGGGCCUUCUGGAUCUGAGAAAAAUAUCAACAGAGCUUAGCGAGUUGUUACCUGCUCCUAAACUUCUUCCUCUGAGAAAAAUAUCUACAAGUAUUAGACUCUGUUAUCUGCUCCUGGACAUCUGGAUCUGUUCCUGGUCUUUUGGAUCUGAGACCAGAGAGAUAGUGACAUGGACUAAGUAAUGAGGGAACAAGAUAUCCAAAUGAUAUAUUUUAUGAUUUUAUAAGUUUGAGUGAAGGUGUGAUUGUUCUGGUCUGUUCUACAUCAUUUAAACCUAGUUUGCCUUUUAUUAUUAACCAGCACAAAAGAUCUCAUGAAUAUUGAUCUACCUGUGGAUUCAUUUUAACAGAAAAAGUUUCGUGUUUUUCAUUGUAAGAGGAUUUUCUUUUGUUUGUCAGAUUGGAACGUAUUUUGUAUCACCAGAUAUGUCUCUAUAGAAACCAACACAAGCAUUCCUCAAACUGUAUCUGCAAAAAAAAAAGGACUUAACUAAGCUAACGGCAGAGGUUGAGAUGUUCCUAACGCGUUUUGUUCUGGUUAUGUCUUAUAAUUAGUCUAUUUUGAUCAAAUUUGUCUAAAUUAGUUGGAUAGAAACCUGUAGUUUGUCUAAAAUUGUUUAAAAUUGUGUCAAUUUUGUUUAAAAUUGUGUCAGUUUUGUUUAUAAUUGUGUCAAAAAUUGUGUC